UCCUCCUAUUCACUGUACAUUCAUCGAUGAAAAAAAUUCCAACGUCCAUUUUCACAGUUGACACGGAAACUUGUCCCACCUUCUUACCUACAGAGUAGAGGGUGAGCGAUCGAUCUACAGAAAGAGAUCAACGACAUGAACCCCAUGUCAGUUUGUUCGUCGUCGUCAUCAUCAUCUUCUUCUUCUUCUUCUGGGUCUUCGAACAACGCCAAAGCAUGGAUCGUUCACGGAAUUGUCGCCGGAGUAGCAAUUGCGGUGGCGGUCGGCGCUCGCGCCUAUCUGGGUCGAUCCAGGAGGUUCCGGAGCCGGGUGGUCGGAAUCAUACCAGCCCGUUUCGCCUCCUCAAGGUUCCAGGGCAAGCCUCUCGUUAAUAUCCUCGGAAAGCCUAUGAUUCAGAGAACAUGGGAAAGGGCGAAACUGGCAGCUACAUUGGACCAUAUUGUUGUGGCAACGGAUGAUGAAAAGAUUGCAGAAUGUUGUCGAGGAUUUGGUGCAAAAGUCAUAAUGACAUCAGAAUCUUGCCGAAAUGGUACUGAGCGUUGCAAUGAAGCACUUCAAAAGCUUGAAAAAAAGUAUGAUAUUGUCGUUAAUAUUCAAGGGGAUGAGCCUCUUAUUGAACCCGAGAUAAUUGAUGGGGUUGUUAAAGCUCUGCAGGCAGCCCCAGAUGCAGUGUUUAGCACCGCAGUUACAUCUUUGAAACCUGAAGAUGCAUUUGAUCCAAAUCGAGUUAAAUGUGUGGUAGAUAAUCGAGGUUAUGCCAUUUAUUUUUCAAGGGGGCUGAUUCCAUAUAACAAGUCAGGAAAGGUCAAUCCACAAUUUCCCUACUUGCUUCACCUUGGAAUUCAGAGCUAUGAUUCGAACUUUUUGAAGAUAUAUCCAGAGCUUCAACCCACCCCACUGCAACUAGAAGAGGAUCUGGAGCAGCUUAAAGUCCUCGAGAACGGGUAUAAGAUGAAGGUGAUAAAAGUAGACCAUGAGGCUCAUGGUGUGGACACUCCAGAAGACGUUGAAAAGAUAGAAUCUUACAUGCUGGAGAGGAACUUGUCUUAGAUAUCUAUCUUCAUAUGUACUCACUAUUUUUCAUCAUCAUUGUGGUUCAUUUUCACUCUGUAUUCAUUGGCCUGCCUCACUCCAUAAGCUUAUUAGUUUUUUGUUUCUCCAAGUCUUGUAUUCAAAAAUUGGGAAUAAAUGGUUAAUAUGAGAAUUUAAAGCCCAAAUUUU